AUGACUUCUCCUGUCAUGACAUUUAUUCUACCUUUAUACCUUGACAAAUUCUUUUUUAUAGCUUGGAUGGGUGCAUUAUGUCUGGGGAUUUCCUUCGCCACUUCACCGCUCAUAGUCGCCAUUUGUAGGAGGAAAUCGGCGAGGCUGGCAGCCGUUAUAGGAGGCCUGAUAAUUUCCCUCGCAUGUCUUUUCACUUCAUUCGCCGUUCAAUAUCAUCAGGCUCUCUUGAGUUACGGCAUAUUUUUGGGAGUCGGAGCAGGAGUGGUUCGAGAAACGUCGACACUUGUUCUAGGACACUACUUCAAAAGAAGAAGGGAGUUUGUAGAAAUGGUGGCGCAAUCAGGAACAGGGGUUGGAAUUGCCUUAUUUUCCGUUUUGUAUAAAGAAGCUGUUGGAAAGUUGGGAUGGCGACUGGGCCUUCAAUCUACGACCGGACUUCUAGCUCUGGCUUUUUUUCUACCUAUAGUCUACAGAUCAGCAAAUCUAUAUCACCCACAGAGAAGAGCAAUAACACAUUUGAAAAACCAAAGAAAGAAAAUGAAGGAGAAAAAAUCUCACACGAAAAUACCAAAACCACCGAUGUUCGAUUUCAGUCCUCUGAAAAGCAGAGGUCUCAGAGUACUGAUGAUGGCAUGCACCUUUGCUGCCUUGGGAAUUUAUGCCCCUAUUUUUUAUUUGGUGUAUCAAGGAUAUGGGGAAGGACUAGAAGAUAGCGGUCUAGUGGUCCUUCAAACUUUCAUGGGGUUUGCAUCUGCGCUGGGAUGUGUGGGAUUUGGUUUAGUUAUAAUCAAGCCCAGCACCCAAUGUCUCAUCUCCAGGCAGUACUUGUGCCAAGCAGCAAUGGUAGGGAUAGGAAUAUCCCUCCUUGCACUGAGUGCAGUUCAAGGAUAUCAUGGAUAUGUACUCUUCGUCUGGCUUUACGGCAUAUGCCUUGGUGGAUUCACGUACUCCUUAAAAAUGUUUACUCUAGAGCGUAUCAAAGGACGACAUUUCACCAAAGCCUGGAGUUUCAUUCAGGGUGCAAAUUCACUGCCGGUGCUGAUAGGGAUACCAAUCACUGGUUACAUCAACCAAAGUUACCCAAAGGCUGGUUACUAUUUCAGCUUUAUUACAACGAUAAUAGGUGCAGGUCUGAUGUUCCUCGUAGGAACGAGGAAAGAUCACAAUCCAAUCGUCGCCAGCAACUCGAACAACUGCAAUAUGAACAACUGUUCCAUCACCAACCUCAACCUGAACGAAUGUGUGUGUCCUAUAGGUCCUUACAACCCUAUAUAUACCUCAGAUACCCCUCCAUGCACCUUCUACAGACAGGGAAUCAACCAGUGCCAGCGGAUAUUCGCCAACGGCCACGACAACUUUGAGAGAGCCAGCUUCCACAGACACUGCUACAAACCUAAAAGAGAUUUUCACUACCAGUAUCUUCCAAAGAGUAUUAGUUAUGCUGCGAACAUUGAUCGUUCUGCUUAUCAUCCGCAUUCUGCUUGUGGAAAGCAAGACGUAAUUAGAUACUCCUCGCUGCCGAGGGUCAAAACUGGAUCAGCGCUGAGGCCUAGUAAGAGUAUGCCAGAAGGUCUGGCGAGGUGGGAAUACUGCAGAACACACAGGAGGCCAAUUAUUAGGAAUAUUCAAGUGAUAGAACAAAUUACAACGUCUGUUUGAAUUUUUUUCGCAGUAGGUUUAGUCAAAAAUGUAAUCGCUGAUAGUGCUACUAUACACUUCCAGCGUUUAGAGAAAAUAACCCCUGCCUUUGCUCUGGAUACGUGCUCUCAUGCAGUGACACAUUAAAAACCAUUUUUUCCUUCGUAUAACUAAGUGAAUUUUUCAUCUUCUCUAGAUAACUUCUCAUACAUUUAAUUUUUCUUUAUCUUCAAGAGUUUCUUCGAUUUCUUUUUAUGAAAACUUGUUAUAUCGGCUCUGUUUUGUUUAAAAUAUUAGGAGUACUUUACACAAAGUAAUAAUCCUUCGUACAUUUGUUACAUUUAGUUUUCAAUUCAAUGCGCUUAUUCAACUUUCCAGUGGACCCCAAGAGGAUUUAUUGUUUCUCACACCAAUUCACAAUUCACAUUGUUUCUCACACCUAAAUAAUCCCCUUAUUUUCUCAAAGACGGUUAGUUUAUUCGGAAACUGAUAAACUGAUCUUUCAGGUCAAAUGACGAGGGUUUAUCAUCACCCGAAGACGAUUGUGGAUACUAAAAAUCGAAACGUCGUGAAGUUACUUCGCUUGAACCCUUUUGAUUUUCAUUUAUUUAUUUCCAUUCUUCAAUCCUCAAU